AAUGCGGAAAUAGAUUCUUUAAAUUCGAAAGUCGAAAAUUUGUCGAUUGAGCUUGAAAAGGUUCGACAACGAUCGUCGAAUUUUGAGAGGUCUUAUCAAGAGCAAGUUGUCAUUGCACAAAGAGCUACAACAGAAAAAGAUGACAGAGAAAGAUAUUAUAGUGAUUUGGUUGAUAAAUUAAUGAAUGAAGGGAAAUCAUUGAAAAAAUUAAAUGAAUUAUAUGAAAAACGUCAAGAGGAUGACACACAAGCUAUUAUGCGGUUAGAAACCGAAGUUUCUACUGUUAAGACAUCACUGGCUGAAUCUAACGCACUGAGCAGUCAGUUAAAUGAAGAGAUACAAAAUAUGAAGGACGAAAUUGUCAAACUCGAGGAGGAGAAGAAAGAGUUAACUCAAUUAUCUUCUAUCGCAUCAGCUUCUCCGGGAAGUGCCGUAGAAAAAGCAUUACAGAAAAAGGGACAGUCCAUCAUUCAAAUGUAUUCAGAUUACACGAACAUCCAAGAACAGCUUAUUCUAGAGCAAAAAAAAACCCGCGAACUCUCUGAGGCGUUGACCACUUUCAAAUUUGAACUCGAAAAUUAUGCUCCCCAAAUUCAACAAAGAAAUGAAGAAUAUAACCAACUACUAGAGGAAAAUCAUUAUAUUAUGGAACAAUUAAAACUAAGCCAAACCGAAAUACAACGUCUUAGUCAAAUAAAAGAGAAUGUUGAAGCAGAAAAUACGGAAUUGACUAAUCGCAAUGACAAAUUACAGAAUGAAAAGGAAAUGUAUGUGGAGCAUAACACAUCUUUAAUGCGACAAAUUGAGGAACUUCGGAAGGGUGGUCCUAGUUCACCUGUGAUUAGUGCUGCAGAUGCUGAUGGUGUUAUACCACGUGACCUUGAUGGAUUGUAUAGGCUCAGUUUUAAUUUAAGAUCCGAAAAAAAUAUUUUGUUAAAGAAAAUCAAAACACUUGAAAGUGAAAUAGGAUCUUUACAAGAAUUAUUAUCUCAGAAAGAUUCCGAGAAUAAGAAUGCAGUUCAGGAGAUUUCUCGCCUUCAACAAAAUCAGAGACAAUUACAUGCACGAUUGGAAUCUCUUGAACAAGAAAAGCGAUUAUAUCAAGAAAGAACACUACGUAGCAGUCUUAGUGAUCAAGGCAGCCCCUCCAGAUUAUCCUCUUCGGUGUUUAAUCUUUCCUCCAAUAUUCAAUCAGAUGAAAAACUCCAAGCCGAGUAUCAAGACAUAAAGAACCGUCUUGAGAUCGCGUUAGGAGAGAUUAAAGUUCGUGAUGAAAACAUUCAAAAGGCAAACUUAGAAUUGACUGCGCUUCGAUAUGAGAAAACACAAUUUUCUCUUGAAAGGAAGCACUGGGAAGAUCGAUGUAAAGUUCUUCAGAGUCAUUACGACAUGAAAGAGGAGGAGGUUCAGAAUAUAAAGCAAAUAUUGCGUCAAACACAAAGAUUAAAUGAACAGAUGGAGAAACAAAUGAUUAAGGACGAAGACAAUAAAUUGACCUUGAAUUCUGAGCUCACAAAUGUGAAGAAUGAGCUUAACAUUCGUCAAGCUAAAUGGGAAGAAAUACAAAAUAACUUCAAUAAGGAAAUGGAAAAUCUUUUGGCGGCCAAGGAAAAAGCGGAGUCUGUUGCGCGAGAUUCUCAACAAUUAUCAGAAGAAAAUAAACGCCUUGAACGUGAAAUCACAGAG